AUGGGGUUGAAUACUCGCAUAGAGUGUAUAUUCUUUAGUGAAUUUCACCCCACUCUCGGACCAAAGAUCACUUAUCAGGUUCCAGAAGAGUACAUCUCUCGUGAGCUCUUUGACACCGUUCAGGUUUAUAUUAUCACCAAACCAGAGCUACAAAAUAAACUUAUUACAGUGACUGCAAUGGGAAAGAAGUUGAUUGGAUGUCCUGUAUGCAUUGAACAUAAAAAGUACAGCAGAAACGCACUUCUCUUUAAUUUGGGCUUUGUGUGCGAUGCUCAGACCAACACUUGUCCACUGGAGCCCAUUGUCAAGAAACUCUCUGGCUACCUCACGACCCUCGAGCUUGAAAGUGGUUUUAUAUCUAAAGAAGAUAGCAAACGGAAAUUAUUGCCCAUUAUGUCAACUUUGUUAGAAGAUCUGAAUGCUACAGGAGCCUGCACACUUCCUAUAGAUACAUCCAAUACAAUCCAUUUGAAGGAAAUCCAGCCAAGGAAAGACCCAGCGAUUGUCCAAGAAUAUGACGUGCCAGUUUUCAGUCAGUGCAAGGACCACUUUGUUAAAUCUCAAUGGGACCUCACCACUCAACAGAUCCUGCCUUAUAUCGAUGGAUUCAGACACAUUCAAAAAAUCUCAGCGGAGGCAGAUGUAGAGCUCAAUCUUGUACGAAUAGCUGUGCAGAAUCUACUCUGUUAUAAUGUAGUGACACUGGUUUCAAUAUUUCAGUACAGUAAUGUCUACUGCACAACUCCAAAGGUCCAAAGCCUCAUUGACGACCAGUCCAUCCAAGACGAGUGCCUCAGCUAUGUCACAAAGCAGGGUCAGAAGCGAGCCAGCCUCAGAGAUGUUUUCCAGCUCUACUGUGGUCUAAGUCCAGGAACAACAGUCCGUGACCUUUGUUCUCGAUACUCGCUACAACUUCAAAGAGUUGACGAGAGGAAGCUGGUUCAGUUCGGCCUGAUGAAAUGUCUCAUUCGGAGGCUUCAGAAGUAUCCUGUCAAGGUCGUCCGUGAUGACAGAAGCAGGCCUCCUCGGCUUUUCACCGGUUGUCAUAGUUACGACGAGAUUUGUUGCAAGACGGGAAUAAGUUACCAGGAGUUGGAUGAGCGCUUGGAAAAUGACCCCAACAUUGUUGUAUGCUGGAAGUAA